AUGCACGCACACAGACAACAAGCCGAGUGCAAACCAAAGGGUUGCACCAACACCAUUCUCCUGCUUUCCAUCACCCCGCCCCAUUCUCCUGCUUUCCAUCACCCCGCCCCAUUCUCCUGCUUUCCAUCACCCCGCCCCGCUCUACUGCUUUCCAUCACCCCGCCCCGUUCUCCCGCUUUCCAUCAACCCGCCCCAUUCUCCCGCUUUCCAUCAUCCCGCCCCAUUCUCCCUCCUCCCAUCACCCUGACCCAUCCUCCCGCUUUCCAUCACCCCGCCCCAUUCUCCUGCUUUCCAUCACCCCGCCCCAUUCUCCCGCAUUCCAUCACCCCGCCCCGUUCUACUGCUUUCCAUCACCCCGCCCCGUUCUCCCGCUUUCCAUCAACCCGCCCCAUUCUCCCGCUUUCCAUCAUCCCGCCCCAUUCUCCCUCCUCCCAUCACCCUGACCCAUCCUCCCGCUUUCCAUCACCCCGCCCCAUUCUCCCGCUUUCCAUUACCCCCACCCCGCCCCAUUCUCCCGCUGUCCAUCACCGCGCCCCAUUCUCCCGCUUUCCAUCAUCCCGCCCCAUUCUCCCUCCUCCCAUCACCCUGACCCAUCCUCCCGCUUUCCAUCACCCCGCCCCAUUCUCCUGCUUUCCAUCACCCCGCCCCAUUCUCCCGCAUUCCAUCACCCCGCCCCGUUCUACUGCUUUCCAUCACCCCGCCCCGUUCUCCCGCUUUCCAUCAACCCGCCCCAUUCUCCCGCUUUCCAUCAUCCCGCCCCAUUCUCCCUCCUCCCAUCACCCUGACCCAUCCUCCCGCUUUCCAUCACCCCGCCCCAUUCUCCCGCUUUCCAUUACCCCGUCCCAUUCUCCCGCUUUCCAUCACCCCGCCCCAUUCUCCCGCUUUCCAUCACCCCGCUUUAUUCUCCCUCUUUCCAUCACUCCGCCCCAUUCUCCCGCUUUCCAUCACCCUGCCCCAUUCUCCCUCUUUCCAUCACCGCGCCCCAUUCUCCCGCUUUCCAUCACCCCGCCCCAUUCUCCCGCUUUCCAUCACCCCGCCCCAUUCUCCCGCUUCCCAUCACCCCGCCCCAUUCUCCCGAUUUCCAUCACCCCGCCCCAAUCUCCCACUUUCCAUCACCCCGCCCCAUUCUCCCGCUUUCCAUCACCCCGCCCCAUUCUCCUUCUUUCCAUCACCCCGCCCCAUUCUCCCUCCUUCCAUCACCCCGCCCCAUUCUCCCGCUUUCCAGCACCCCGCCCCAUUCUCCCGCUGUCCAUCACCGCGCCCCAUUCUCCCGCUUUCCAUCACCCCGCCCCAUUCUCCCGCUUUCCAUCACCCCGCCCCAUUCUCCCGCUUUCCAUCACCCCGCCCCAUUCUCCCGCUUUCCAUCACCCCGCCCCAUUCUCACGCUUUCCAUCACCCCGCCUGAUUCUCCCGCUUUCCAUCACCCUGCCCCAUUCUCCCGCUUUCCAUCACCCCGCUCCAUUCUCCCGCUUUCCAUCACCCCGCCCUAUUCUCACGCUUUCCAUCACCUCACCCCAUUCUUCCGCUUUCCAUCAGCCCGCCCCAUUCUCCCUCUUUCCAUCACCCCGCCCCAUUCUCCCGCUUUCCAUCACCACGCCCCAUUCUCCCGCUUUCCAUCACCCGGCCCCAUUCUCCCACUUUCCAUCACCCCGCCCCAUUCUCCCACUUCCCAUCACCCCGCCCCAUUCUCCCACUUCCCAUCACCCCACCCCAUUCUCACGCUUUCCAUCACCCCGCCCCAUUCUCCCGCUUUCCAUCACCCCGCCCCAUUCUCUCGCUUUCCAUCACCCAGUCCCAUUCUCCCUCCUUCCAUCACCCUGCCCCAUUCUCCCUCUUUCCAUCACCCCGCCCCAUUCUCCCGCUUUCCAUCACCCCGUCCCAUUCUCCCUCUUUUCAUCACCCCGCCCCAUUCUCCCGCUUUCCAUCAUCCCGCCCCACUCUCCCUCUUUCCAUCACCCCGCCCCAUUCUCCCACUUUCCAUCACCCCGCCCCAUUCUCCCUCUUUCCAUCAUCCCGCCCCAUUCUCCCGCUUUCCAUCACUCCGCCCCAUUCUCCCUCUUUCCAUCACCCCGCCCCAUUCUCCCGCUUUCCAUCACCCCGCCUAAUUCUCCCCCUUUCCAUCACCCCACCCCAUUCCCCCUCUUUCCAUCACCCUGCCACAUUUUCCCUCUUUCCAUCACCCCGCCCCACUCUCCCUCUUUCCAUCACCCCGCCCCAUUCUCCCGCUUUCCAUCACCCCGCCCCAAUCUCCCACUUUCCAUCACCCCGCCCCAUUCUCCCGCUUUCCAUCAUCCCAACCCAUUCUCCUUCUUUCCAUCACCCCGCCCCAUUCUUCCUCUUUCCAUCACCCCGCCCCAUUCCCCCUCUUUCCAUCACCCCGACCCAUUCUCCCUGGUUCCAUCACCCCGCCCCGUUCUCCUGCUUUCCAUCACCCCGCCCCAUUCUCCCGCUUUCCAUCACCCCGCCCAAUUCUCCCGCUUUCCAUCACCCCGCCCAAUUCUCCCACUUUCCAUCACCCCGCUCCGUUCUCCCGCUUUCCAUCACCCCGCUCCAUUCUCCCUCUUUCCAUCACCCCUCCCCAUUCUCCCGCUUUCCAUCACCCCGCUCCGUUCUCCCGCUUUCCAUCACCCCGCUCCAUUCUCCCUCUUUCCAUCACCCUGCCCCAUUCUCCCACUUUCGAUCACCCCGCCCCAUUCUUCCUCUUUCCAUCACCCCGCCCCAUUCUCCCUCUUUCCAUCACCCCGCCCCAUUCUCCAACUUUCCAUCACCCCGCCCCAUUCUCCCGCUUUCCAUCACCCCGCCCUAUUCUCCCUCUUUCCAUCAUCCCCCCCAUUUCUCCCUCUAUCCAUAACCCAGUCCCAUUCUCCCGCAUUCCAUCACCCUGCCCUAUUCUGCCGCUUUCCAUCACCCCCCCCCAAUUCUCCCUUUUUCCAUCACCCCGCCCCAUUCUUCCGCUUUUCAUCACCCCGCCCCAUUCUCCCGCUUUUCAUCACCCCGCCCCAUUCUCCCGCUUUCCAUCACCCCAACCCAUUCUCCGGCUUUCCAUCACCCCGCCUAAUUCUCCCCCUUUCCAUCACCCCGCCCCAUUCUCCCUCUUUCCAUCACCCCGCCCCAUUCUCUAGCUUUCUAUCACCCCGCCCCAUUCUCCAUCUUUUCAUCACCCUGCCCCAUUCUCCCUCUUUCCAUCACCCUGCCCCAUUCUUCCUCUUUCUAUCACCCCGCCCCAUUCUCCCUCUUUCCAUCACCCCGCCCCAUUCUCCCGCUUUCCAUCACCCCACCCCAUUCUCCCGCUUUCCAUCACCCCGCCCCAUUCUCCCUCUUUCCAUCACUCCACCCCAUUCUCCCUCUUUCCAUCACUCCACCCCAUUCUCCCUCUUUCCAUCACUUCACCCCAUUCUCCCUCUUUCCAUCACCCCGCCCCGUUCUCCCUCUUUCCAUCACCCCGCCCCAUUCUCCCUCUUUCCAUCACCCCGCCCAGUUCUCCCUCUUUCCAUCACCCAGUCCCAUUCUCCGGCAUUCCAUCACCCCGCCCCAUUCUCCUGCUUUCCAUCACCCCGUCCCAUUCUCCCUCUUUCCAUCACCCCACCCCUAUCUCCCGCUUUCCAUCUCCCCGCCCCAUUCUCCCUCUUUCCAUCACCCCGCCCCAUUCUCCCUCUUUCCAUCACUCAGUCCCAUUCUCCCGCAUUCCAUCACCCUGCCCCAUUCUCCCACUUUCCAUCACCCUGCCCCAUUUUGCCGCUUUCCAUCAUCCCGCCCCAUUCUCCCUCUUUCCAUCACCCCGCCCCAUUCUCCCUCUUUCCAUCACCCCGCCCCAUUCUCCCGCUUUCCAUCACCCCGCCCCAUUCUCCCGCUUUCCAUCACCCCGCCCCAUUCUCUAGCUUUCUAUCACCCCGCCCCAUUCUCCCGCUUUCCAUGACCCCAACCCAUUCUCCCGCUUUCCAUCACACCGACCCAUUCUCCCUCUUUCCAUCACCCCGCCCCAUUCUCCAUCUUUUCAUCACCUCGCCCCAUUCUCCCGCUUUCCAUCACCCCCUUUCUAUCACCCCGCCCCAUUCUCCAUCUUUUCAUCACCUCGCCCCAUUCUCCCACUUUCCAUCACCCCGUCCCAUUCUCCCUCUUUCAAUCACCCUGCCCCAUUCUCCCUCUUUCCAUCACCCCGCCCCAUUCUUCCUCUUUCCAUCACCCCGCCCCAUUCUUCCUCUUUCCAUCACCCCGCCCCAUUCUCCCUCUUUCCAUCACCCCGCCCCAUUCUUCUUCUUUCCAUCACCCCGCCCCAUUCUCCCGCUUUCCAUCACCCCGCCCCAUUCUCCCGCUUUCCAUCACCCCGCCCCAUUCUUCCUCUUUCCAUCACCCCGCCCCAUUCUUCCUCUUUUCAUCACCUUGCCCCAUUCUCCCUCUUUCCAUCACCCCACCGAAUUCUCCCUCUUUCCAUCACCCAGUCCCAUUCUCCCGCAUUCCAUCACCCUGCCCCAUUCUCCCGCUUUCCAUCACCCCGUCCCAUUCUCCCUCUUUCCAUCACCCCACCCCAUUCUCCCGCUUUCCAUCUCCUCGCCCCAUUCUCCCUCUUUGCAUCACCCCGCCCCAUUCUCCCUCUUUCCAUCACCCCACCCCAUUCUCCCGCUUUCCAUCUCCCCGCCCCAUUCUCCCUCUUUCCAUCACCCCGCCCCGUUCUCCCGCUUUCCAUCACCCCACCCCAUUCUCCCUCUUUCCAUCACCCCGCCCCAUUCUUCCUCUUUCCAUCACCCCGCCCCAUUCUCCCUCUUUCCAUCACCCCACCGAAUUCUCCCUCUUUCCAUCACCCAGUCCUAUUCUCCCGCAUUCCAUCACCCCGUCCCAUUCUCCCUCUUUCCAUCACCCCACCCCAUUCUCCCGCUUUCCAUCUCCCCGCCCCAUUCUCCCUCUUUCCAUCACCCCGCCCCAUUCUCCCUCUUUCCAUCACCCAGUCCCAUUCUCCCACUUUCCAUCACCCCGCCCCGUUCUCCCGCUUUCCAUCACCCCGCCCCAUUCUCCCUCUUUCCAUCACCCCACCCCAUUCUCCCUCUUUCCAUCACCCCUCCCAGUUCUCCCUCUUUCCAUCACCCCGCCCCAUUCUCCCGCUUUCCAUCACCCCGCCCCAUUCUUCCUCUUUCCAUCACCCUGCCCCAUUCUCCCGCUGUCCAUCACCCCAGCCCCAUUCUCCCUCUUUCCAUCACCCCGCCCCAUUCUCCCGCUUUCCAUGACUUCGCCCCAUUCUCCCGCUUUCCAUCGCCCCGCCCCAUUCUCCCUCUUUCCAUCACCCCACCCCAUUCUCCCGCUUUCCAUCUCCCCGCCCCAUUCUCCCUCUUUCCAUCACCCCGCCCCAUUCUCCCUCUUUCCAUCACCCAGUCCCAUUCUCCCACUUUCCAUCACCCCGCCCCGUUCUCCCGCUUUCCAUCACCCCGCCCCAUUCUCCCUCUUUCCAUCACCCCACCCCAUUCUCCCUCUUUCCAUCACCCCGCCCACCCCAUUCUCCCUCUUUCCAUCACCCCGCCCCAUUCUCCCGCUUUCCAUGACUUCGCCCCAUUCUCCUGCUUUCCAUCGCCCCGCCCCAUUCUCCCUCUUUCCAUCACCCCACCCCAUUCUCCCGCUUUCCAUCUCCCCGCCCUAUUCUCCCUCUUUCCAUCACCCCGCCCCAUUCUCCCUCUUUCCAUCACCCAGUCCCAUUCUCCCACUUUCCAUCACCCCGCCCCGUUCUCCCGCUUUCCAUCACCCCGCCCCAUUCUCCCUCUUUCCAUCACCCCACCCCAUUCUCCCUCUUUCCAUCACCCCGCCCAAUUCUCCCUCUUUCCAUCACCCCGCCCCAUUCUCCCUCUUUCCAUCACCCCUCCCCAUUCUCCUGCUUUCCAUCACCCUGCCCCAUUCUCCCGCUGUCCAUCACCCCAGCCCCAUUCUCCCUCUUUCCAUCACCCCGCCCCAUUCUCCCGCUUUCCAUGA